GCUAACUUCACGCCAUCCAAAAAAUGAAAAAGCGGGAAAGUGCAAAAAAGAAUCGGCGCCAACUUCACGUCACAACAUCCAAAAACUUGCACUAAAAACCGAUCCAAAACAAAAAUAUUGAUAAGUUCCUAUUCCACUGUCGCCCCAAAAUGGUUCAAAAUUAUUAUCAGGGUCCACGUCCAGGCAGUUAAAUGGCUGUUGGCUUGUGUGAUGGCUUCGCCUCAAGCCUGCCUGAGUUCUAGUCCCGAAAUAGUCAGCCCCGGAGGCAAGUCCCGCUAUGGGCGGACCAGGCGCCCCAAAAUCUCGCACGACUUUUGCAACAUCGACGACGUUAUCAUCGACGAUAACCCCCCGGAAGUGAAGUCGCCCCUCAAGGCCCGCGAUGUCGUGUUCGAGAUCAAGGACGAGUUUACGAAACUCGACGACUUGGGGAUGAAAGUGGCGAACAACUUCAAAACGAACCGAGGCUUGGAUGCUUCGAUCAAAGAGCGCAAGUUUUUCAAAAGUGCGGUUGUAAGCAAGGCGGUGGAUGUUGUUGACGUGAGCAAGGUGCUUAAGUUGGUUUCGACGCCCGGUGCCGAGGCCCAGGCCAAAAGCCCGCCGAAAACCGUCCUGAAGACGUACUCAAAUCGGCGGAAACACGCCGAGAACGAGCGCGUUGUUGAGAGUUUUGGUUUGCCGGACGAACCGAUCAUUCCAGUGAAAGGCCACGCUUUCCAGCGACAUAGCAAAAUUGAUGUCGAUUUUGCGGCCGAAAACGACGUGAGUUUGCCGAAUCCGUGGACGUUUGAUGAGAUUUUUACCAACGAGAUGAAGGGACCCACGAAUGGAGAAACCUUUGAUGAAAACACCGAUUUUCAACAAACGCUCACCCCCAAGGGGGCCAAAAACGCCUUCGAACGUACUACAGGAAAGAAGAGGUUGUUCCGCAGUUCUGCAGAGGAAGGGGGCACAAUAGUUACAGUUUCACCAGUGUUAAAGAAAGCCAAAGUUGGGAGUAGCCCCCCGAAGAGGGUUCUCAGGUCGAAUUUUGAGUCAAAUGUGAAAAUCCAGUCGUCUGUUUCACCACAAAAUGAAACAAAUGAUAGUGUAGUGGAGGCAGAGUUGCCAAGUGCGGGCAAUGAAUCAGAAGAGGAGUUGCCAAAUAUAAGUCACAAGUCACUAAGAUCAAGCACUCUAAAAAACAAGUCACCCGAGAAAAGAAUAGAAAUUUCCCACGAAAAAAAUAAAAUAAAAACCAAGUCACCUGAAAAAUGUAAGCCAAAAAAAGGCUUAAAUCUGGUAAAAACAGCAAAAGAAAUUUCCACCGAAACAAAUAAAAUACGGGUUGGUGGGACGGAGUGUACUGUAAAAAACAAGUCGCCUAAAAAAAGUAAAACAAAAGAAGCCUUAAAUCCCGUAGUAACAGUCGAAGAGAUCUCUCCCGAAAAAAAUAACGUACAGGACGAUGCGGCGGAAGAAAAUCCUCUAAAAAAUGGCUCGUCUGGAAAAAGUAAAACAAAGGAAGCCUUAAAUCCGGUAAAAAUGGUGAAAACUUCCGCCGAAAAAAACGACGGACUUGAAGCCGUGACAAAAAGCGCGCUGACAAUGACACAAACUAAAACAAAAGAAGUCUUCAAUCCUGUAGUAAUAGUGACAGAGAUUUCUCCCGAAAAGAAUAACGUACAGGAAGAUGUGGCAGAAAACAGGACGGAGGAAAGUGGUCCAAAAAAUAAACCAAAAGAAGUUUUUUUAAAUCCUGUAAUAAUCAUGAAAGAAUUUUCCGCUGUAAAAAACGACGGCCCUGAGGCUGCAGAAAGCGAGCCGUCAAUGACACAAAGUAAAACAAAAGAAGUCUUAGAAAUUUCCGCCGAAACAAAUCAAGUACCCGAAAAUGAGACGAAAGAGGAAUUGAAAGUUAUUAAACAAGAAGUAAUAGAGCUCGAAGUUGGGGUUCUGGCCUGGGCUAAACUUGGCAAUUUUCCCUACUGGCCGUGUCUGAUUACGCAAGAACCGGCGAGUGGAACGCAUCAAAAAUACGUUGUGAAUCGGAUCCAUCCGCUUUAUCACGUGAGAUUUUUCGGUGAUAAAGGCCGAAGGUCAUGGGUGCAUGGCCCAAACGUGAUGCCUUUUUACGCCAAAGACGAUCUCGAACGUCUUGCAAAAACGCUCGAAGUCGAGGGAAAAUUUAAACCAUCCUAUAUCAAUGAAUGUUGCUUUAUAAGACGCACCCUAAUGAAGAAAUGGCAAGAAGGAGUCGCUGAAGCCGAAUCUUUACAAUUCAAAACAGUCGACGAACGCUUGAAUUACUUUUCGAAGAUGUUUGCCAGAAAAAACGAACUGAAGCAAGAAAGACAAAAACUGAAACGUGCGCGGUUAUCAGCCGCCGAAAACUUGUCGAAAAAAGUGAAAAUCGAAGAAAUUGAAACACUUGAAUUGAUCAAACCGGAACCAGUCGAAGUUACUUCGAGCCCCGACACUUUAAUAAAACCCCCCAAAAAGAAGAAUUUCUUAAAGAAGGAAGAAUUUUCCGACGAACAACUCGAAGCGCGCAAGAAACUACGCAAUCCACAAGUGCGGGAAGAAAUCCCCCAACCUUCGAGCGCCCCGAAGUUGCGUAAAAAGCCCCAAGGUGAAAAUUCAAACUCGGACACCGACUCCAAAUUCAGCGACAACAGCUCGCUCCCACCCUCCAUGCAAUCGCAGGCGGCCCUGUUUCGCCGCAACAACAUCUUCCGGGGAAUCCCUCGCGAGAAAGUGUGCCAAAUAUGCGAAAAAUCCGGGGAAAUCUUCAAAUGCAAGGGCCCCUGUAACGGCGUUUACCACCCCGAGUGUGCCAUGAAUCGCGUCGUGGAACAAAAAAGCAGCGUCGAAAUAAUCUCACUCGAAUCGAAGCAACCCUUGCCCGACCUGGGUACUUCCCCCAACUACACGGGAAUGUCCCUAGCUGAGAAAAUCGACCAUCGGAUGAAAGAAAUAAUGAAAAAGUUUGACCAAUCGGUUUAUUGCGAAUCGACCGAUUCCAGUAGCGAUGAGUACGUUGUAGAAGAGGUGGUUAGACAAGCCUCGCCCCCAGCCCAAUCGAAACUCUCCCUCACCGUCACCGCCACGCCCACGAAGAAGGAAGUACCAAUCAUAAAGCACGUCACUGCCGACAAUAUCAGUUACAUUUGCGUGAGUAAUGAGGCACCAAAGGAGGACACCACGGGUUUGAAAUGCACGUGGUGUGCCUCAGACGAGGCCCCCUUGUGCCUCGUGUGUGGGGAGAUGGGGGCCCAAGGGCGCCAGAAGUGCUCGCUGCACCAAUGCGGCCGUUUCUACCACCCCGAGUGCCUCAAACUGUGGCCGCAGACGCAGUGGUCGCUGAACGCGUCGGACAGCUUCGUGUGUCCUCGGCACGUGUGCCACACGUGCAUUUCCGACGAUCCCCGAGCGGCGAACUCGCGCUGUUCGAGCGAUAAAAUCGUAAAAUGCCUCAAAUGCCCCGCCACCUACCACUCGAGCAAUUACUGCGUGCCUGCGGGCACGGAAAUUCUGACCGCCUCCCAGAUUAUAUGCCCGAGGCAUUUUACCAGAAACAAGCGCAACUACCAAUCAACGAUCAACGCCAAUUGGUGUUUCAUUUGUUCGAACGGGGGCGACUUGAUCUGCUGCGAGACGUGUCCGACCAGUGUGCACAGGGAGUGUCUUCCGGGUGAUUUGGGCGAGGUUGAGACGUUUUUCUGUGAGGACUGCCAAUCGGGGCGGUUGCCCCUCUAUGAUGAGAUCGUUUGGGUGAAGCUCGGGUCGUUUCGGUGGUGGCCGGCCGUGAUCUUGUUCCCGAAUGAGGUUCCAGAUAACGUGAAAAAUAUCCCGCAUAGUAAGGGGGAGUUUGUGGUCAAGUUUUACGGGACGUACGACCAUUAUUGGGUCGGGAGAGGGAGGACGUUCUUGUUUCAGGAAGGCGAUCGGGGACAUUCGGGUUCGGUGAAGAAGCGAGUCGAUAACGCGUUCGUUAAGGCGAUUGAGGAGGCGGCAGCAGCGCACGAGUUGAAGAAACAAUUUAAGGCGAGGAAAUUUGAAGAGAAGAAUAGUGGAAUGAAACCGCCACCGUACGUUCGGAUUAAGGUGAAUAAACCCGUGGGGAAUGUGAGGGUGUUUGAUGGGAAUACGAGUAAUACGACCUCUUGUGAUUGUGAUCCGAACCAGCCGCAUCCGUGUGGACCUGAUAGCGACUGUCUAAACAGGCUGCUUUUGACCGAAUGCAACCCCGACGUGUGCCCGGCCGGCGACCGUUGCAACAACCAAUGUUUUGAAAAACGCGAAUACCCCCCUUUGGUGCCCCACCGCACACUUUACCGCGGUUGGGGCCUCAAAACCCUUGCUCCAAUCCGAAAAGGCCAAUUCGUAAUCGAAUACGUUGGCGAAAUGAUCGACGAACAGGAGUACCAACGUCGCGUCCAAAAAAUGCACGAACAAAAAGAAGAAAACUACUAUUUCCUCACGAUCGACAAGGACAGGAUGUUGGAUGCCGGUCCGAAAGGCAACGUUGCCAGAUUUAUGAACCAUUCGUGUGACCCGAACUGUGAGACACAAAAAUGGACAGUGAAUGGCGACACCAGAGUUGGAUUAUUCGCAAAUUGCGACAUUCCAGCCGGCACUGAGCUCACCUUCAAUUACAAUUUAGAAUGCAUUGGGAAAGAAAAGAAGAUCUGUCACUGUGGCGCCCCCAAUUGUAGUGGCUUUAUUGGUGUUAAAGUGAAAACGGAUAAUCCCCCGAAAAAGUCGACUAAAGCCAAGAAGAAGAAAACACCACCGCUUGAAUAUGUCGAUAAUGACAAUCCCUGCUUUAUUUGCGGCAAGCAAGGCGACGUUGCCGCGUGCAAUAAUAAGAUUUGUACAAAGUAUUAUCAUUUAGCCUGUGUGGGGCUUGAGGCAUGGCCGGAAGGGAACAAGUGGGUGUGUCAGUGGCACAAUUGCAACAUUUGCACCAAGCGCACAAUUCGCUGUUGCGUGCGAUGCAUUAACUCGUAUUGUCCGUCUCACUCUGACGGCAACGUCCGUUACGAUAAGCUGCUAGGGUUCGUCUGUAGUGAGCAUGACUCGUCGAAGGAGUCCAACGCGGUCGUGACGAGCCACGUGCCCGCACCCGAUUCGUGCGUCAGUGAUGAGGGCGUGGUCACGUCGACGACUUCCGAUGAUUCACGAAUGAACGGAUUCGUCACCUCCACGCCGGUGAAGAAAAACGACAAUUCGUACGAUGAGAGUGUGGUGAGUUCGUCCGAAAAGAAACCGAAGAAGGUUAAAAAGAAGAAAGUUGAAAACACUGCCAAUUUUUUACUCGAAAACGAAGUCAAGCUGAAUAAUUUCGCGCCCGUGAAGUAUUUGAGGACUAGUAGGAGUAGGAAUAGUGACCCUGAAAGGGACCUCCCGAUUCGAAAACGUACCAGACUUAGAUGUGGAAGUUCGUUGUAGAAAUUUGGGUUUUAAUUAUUUGUAAACUUUUAAUUAUGCCUUAUUUUAUUUAUUCAGUGUUUGUAAAGGCAAGUAAUAAAUUUUUUGUAUAAAAUUAUAUAAA